AAUUCAGUCAUCAAUGGGACUUCGGAAAAAUGAAGCUCAAAAUUGAACCUGUCUGGACUUACUUUGACGUUAUUGAUAAUGAGUCGGAAAGUGAGGACUACGACCAAGUUUUGAGGGCAUCCGGAAACUUCGGCCGUUAUCAAAUAUUAACGUAUUUUUUGAUCGGAUUGGCGAUCGUUUUUAGCGCUGCCACAUCCACUGAGCACGUCUAUGCAACAAGGAAAUCACCACACAGAUGCUUUCUUCCUGAGUGUGGAGAUGUCCAGCAAAGCGCUAACAAUUUCGAUCCUGAUUGGCUGGGAGAUAAAGUUCCCCUGAGAGACGGCACGACACCAGAAGGCUGCUACACCUUCAAACAUCUAUACGGCGAGAAUGACACUAGAUGCUUUUUCAACGUGGAUUACUUCAGCCCUUUCGUUCGCUGUGAUCAAUGGGUGUUCAACCAGACAGACAAGUCGAUUCAAAAUACUUUCAAGAUUUUUUGCUCUGAGGAUGAAUGGAAACUGGAAUAUGUGAAUUCAGCAAAAUACGUAGCUACAAUAGUCAGUUUCAUUUUACUUGGCGUGCUAAUCGACAGCUAUGGCAGAAAAAAGGUCUUAGCAUUUGCACUGAUCACUGUUAGAGUCAUUGCGAUGGUCAAAUCCGUCGUGCCAAAUUACGAAUCAUAUUUUGCUUUUGAAAUCCUGGAAUCGGUGGCUAAUGAAGGCAUCUACAACAUCGCUUUGGUCAUGGUAUGCGAGUUUCCCUCGUCAAAUCUGCGGUACCUGUUUGGAGUUGGUUUUGCACCUCUUCUCAAAUACGUCGGCUUCCUGAUGGUCACCUUCCUGGCAAUGGGCUUGCGGAAUUGGCAACACACGUGCUGGGCCAUCAACUCGCCCAUUGCUAUGGUUUUUGUUGUGUACAUUUGGCUGCUGCCCGAAUCAGUGCGUUGGUUGAUUGUGCGCGGUCGGCUGGGCGACGCGAAGGACCAAAUUUUCAGGCUCAUUGGGCACAACUUUUCGCACGUGCACCAACGACUGUUACGUAAAAUCGUCAAUUGGUACAACGGCUGCGUCGAUAAAUGCGAAGAAGAUUUCUCAGAAGAGCCGCUAAACAAAACGAUUUACGCGGCGCUCCUUUCCAAGCAGCUGGUGUUGCGGUUUUUCUUCUGCCUCAUUUUCUCGUUCAUGCUACAGUUCGUGAGCGUUGGCAUUCGUGAGCAUCCGCCCAUCUUGCCGAAUUUUAUAGAUGAUUAUUGGAGAAACGUUAUACUUUGGCUGAUGGACGUGCCUGGGUUUUUUGUGGCCGUUCUUCUGAAUUAUUACUUGAGCCAGCCAAAAUCGAUGGGGGUGAUGCUGUUUUUCUGCGCAUUCUGCAACAUCGCUAAUAUUUUUGUUCCUCGCGCCAACCGAGGAGAUUAUAUCUAUUACACCAAACUUCCUCUGUACAUCAUUUCAAGGGCGACGAUUUCCGGAGCGUUUGCCACCCUUCAUUUGACAGUGCUGGAACUUUUUCCCACUAAAAUUAGAGGCACCGUAUUCGGAUUCGUCACGGCAUUUGAGCAGCUCUCAAUGCUAGCGCCACAUCUCUUAUCGGAUUUUAACAAAAAUAAUGAGUUAGAUAUGUCUCAAGGGAUUGUUGCUUUCGUUGCGGCUGUAGCGGUUGCCGUGUUUUUGCCUGACACAACAGAGAAAUCCCUGCCAAUGACAUUUAUUGAGGCGGAAAAGAUAGGCAAGUGGAAGCGAAUUCCAUUUGAUCCUGCGGAAUAUUUCAAGGAGCAUCAGGACCAGAGCGAAGUGAUCACAUGGGACGAGUUUCCUGGUUAUUUGUCUGCAAGUGCCCACCAAGCAGAUGAGCUGUCGAGCAUGCCAGCACAGACGUCUGAUCCUCAAAAUGAAUCUAAUGGGCGCAGAUCUCUGUUUGAACUCGAUCUAGAAUUAUUUUCUAGAAAUUUUUCAUUAAAUUCUCGAGAAAAUUACAGCAACGACCAUUCCGAGAUAUAAGUAAAUAUACAAAAAUGUUAAAAUUUUGUUUUAUUGGUAGAGAAAUAAAUG